AUGUCGCAGAAGAAAAAGCGAAGCGCCCAGAACGACGAUGACGACGACGACGACGACAUGUUCUACUGCCGCUACAGCUCCACUGCACCAGCGGCACCGGAAUCCUCCUCAACCUCCGGCGACAGCAAGCGCGGAAGCGGAGGCUUAGCUCCUUCUAAAUCCACCGUUUACGUUAGCAACCUAGACUACACCUUGACGAAUUCCGAUCUCCACACACUCUUCUCCAGAUUCGGGAAGAUCGCCAAGGUCACGGUUCUCAAGGAUCGGAUUACCCGCAAAAGUAAGGGCGUGGCGUUUAUUUUGUUCGUGUCUCGUGAAGACGCCAAGAAAGCGGUGGAAGGGAUGAACCAAGUUAAAUGCAACGGAAGAAUCCUGACCGCAUCGAUAGCUUCUGAUAACGGAAGGGCCGCGGAGUUCAUCCGGAGGAAAGUGUACAAGGACAAGAGCCGGUGUUAUGAGUGUGGUGAAGAAGGGCAUUUGUCGUAUGAGUGUCCGAAGAAUUCCUUGGGGCCCAGGGAAAGACCGGCUCCUUCGAAGAGAGGGCGGAGAGAAGUCGGUGAUGGUGGUACAGGAGCGGGCCGUAGGGAGGGAAGGGGAGGGGAAGAGGUUCUGGAAGACGAAGAGGAAGAAAUGGGGUUUUUUGAAGCUGAUGAUUGGGCAUCAGUAGUUGAUAAGGAGGCUGAGGAUAGGUUACUGAGAGCGGAUGAAGGAGUUAAGAAGCAUAAGAAAGAGAAGAGGAGAGGUUAUUUCAGCGAUGAAAGUGAUGAGGAUGAUGAGUGA